GGACAUAGGAUGACCCCAGCCUGUCCCCUCUUACUGUCUGUGAUUCUGUCCCUGCGCCUGGCCACGGCCUUCGACCCUGCCCCCAGUGCCUGCUCUGCCCUGGCCUCGGGCGUGCUCUACGGGGCCUUCUCGCUGCAGGACCUCUUUCCCACCAUCGCCUCGGGCUGCUCCUGGACCCUGGAGAACCCAGACCCCACCAAGUACUCCCUCUACCUGCGCUUCAACCGGCAGGAGCAGGUGUGCACACACUUUGCCCCGCGCCUGCUGCCCCUGGACCACUACCUGGUCAACUUUACCUGCCUGCGGCCUGGUCCAGAGGAAGCCACAGCCCGAGCAGAAUCAGAGGUGGGGCGGCCAGAGGAGGAGGAGGAGGAGGCGGCAGCAUCGGGGUUGGAGCUGUGCGGUGGCUCAGGCCCCUUUACCUUUCUGCACUUCGACAAGAACUUUGUGCAGCUGUGCCUGUCGGCUGAGCCCUCCGAGGCCCCGCGUCUGCUAGCGCCUGCUGCCCUGGCCUUCCGCUUUGUGGAGGUUUUGCUUAUCAACAACAACAACUCCAGCCAGUUCACCUGCGGCGUGCUCUGCCGCUGGAGUGAGGAGUGUGGCCGGGCUGCAGGCCGGGCUUGUGGCUUUGCUCAGCCAGGGUGUAGCUGCCCUGGGGAGGCUGGGGCCAGCCCUGCCACCACCACACCUCCUGGGCCUCCGGCUGCCCACACCCUAUCCAAUGCCCUGGUGCCUGGGGGCCCAGCCCCUCCUGCUGAGGCUGACUUGCACUCGGGGAGCAGCAAUGACCUGUUCACCACCGAGAUGAGAUAUGGUGAGGAUCCGGAAGAGGAACCGAAGGUGAAAACCCAGUGGCCAAGGUCUGCAGAUGAGCCUGGGCUAUACAUGGCGCAGACAGGCGACCCAGCAGCUGAGGAGUGGUCCCCGUGGAGCGUGUGUUCCCUGACGUGUGGGCAGGGUCUGCAGGUGCGGACCCGCUCCUGCGUGUCCUCCCCCUAUGGGACCCUGUGCAGCGGGCCCCUCCGGGAGACCCGGCUUUGCAACAAUUCAGCCACCUGCCCAGUGGAAGGCCAGUGGCUAGAAUGGGGUCCCUGGGGCCCAUGCUCGUCAUCUUGUGCCAAUGGGACCCAGCAGCGCAGCCGGAAGUGCAGUGUGGCGGGUCCAGCCUGGGCCACAUGCGCAGGUGCCCUCACCGAUACCCGUGAGUGCAGCAAUCUCGAUUGUCCGGCCGCUGAUGGCAAGUGGGGGCCGUGGAACGCAUGGAGCCUGUGCUCCAAGACAUGUGACACGGGCUGGCAACGCCGCUUCCGCAUGUGCCAGGCUUCUGGUACGCAGGGCUACCCUUGCGAGGGCACAGGAGAGGAAGUGAAGCCCUGCAGUGAGAAGAGGUGUCCAGCCUUCCAUGAGAUGUGCAGGGAUGAAUACGUGAUGCUGAUGACGUGGAAGAGGGCGGCAGCUGGCGAGAUCAUUUACAACAAGUGUCCCCCUAAUGCCUCGGGUUCUGCUAGCCGCCGCUGUCUCCUCAGCGCCCAGGGCGUGGCAUACUGGGGACUGCCCAGCUUUGCUCGUUGCAUAUCUCAUGAAUACCGCUACCUGUACCUAUCCCUUCGGGAGCACCUGGCUAAGGGCCAGCGCAUGCUGGCAGGUGAGGGCAUGUCCCAGGUGGUGCGGAGCCUGCAGGAGCUACUGGCACGGCGCACUUAUUACAGCGGGGACCUCCUCUUCUCAGUGGACAUCCUAAGGAACGUCACUGACACCUUCAAGAGGGCCACCUAUGUCCCUUCCGCUGAUGAUGUGCAGCGUUUCUUCCAGGUGGUGAGCUUCAUGGUGGAUUCAGAAAACAAGGACAAGUGGGAUGACGCUCAGCAGGUGUCGCCUGGCUCUGUGCACCUGCUGCGUGUUGUGGAGGAUUUCAUUCACCUCGUAGGCGAUGCUCUCAAGGCCUUCCAGAGCUCUCUCAUCGUCACGGACAAUCUGGUGAUCAGCAUUCAGAGAGAGCCUAUCUCAGCGGUGUCCAGUGACAUCACAUUUCCCAUGCGGGGCCGCAGGGGCAUGAAGGACUGGGUGCGACACUCAGAGGAUCGCCUCUUCCUACCCAAGGAGGUGCUCAGCCUGUCCUCCCCAGGGAAGCCAGCCACACCUGGGGCAGCCACCGCAGGCAGCCCCGGCAGGGGGAGGGGCCCAGGAACGGUACCUCCUGGCCCAGGCCACGCCCACCAGCGCCUUCUCCCAGCUGACCCGGAAGAGUCCUCCUCCUACUUCGUGAUCGGUGCUGUGCUCUACCGCACCCUUGGCCUCAUCCUGCCGCCCCCAAGGCCUCCACUUGCGGUCACCUCCAGGGUGAUGACAGUGACCGUGCGUCCCCCUACCCAGCCUCCAGCUGAGCCCCUCAUUACAGUGGAACUCUCCUACAUCAUCAAUGGCACCACCGAUCCCCACUGUGCCAGCUGGGACUACUCGAGAGCAGAUGCCAGCUCGGGGGACUGGAACACCGAGAGCUGCCAGACCUUGGAGACCCAGGCAGCUCACACCCGCUGCCAGUGCCAGCACCUGUCCACCUUUGCUGUCCUGGCCCAGCCACCCAAGGACCUGACCCUGGAGCUGGCAGGUGCUCCCUCUGUCCCUCUGGUGAUCGGCUGUGCGGUGUCCUGCAUGGCUCUGCUCACACUGCUUGCCAUCUAUGCAGCCUUCUGGAGGUUUAUAAAAUCAGAACGCUCCAUCAUCUUGCUGAACUUCUGCCUGUCCAUCCUGGCUUCCAACAUCCUGAUCCUCGUUGGCCAGUCCCGGGUGCUGAGCAAGGGCGUAUGCACCAUGACGGCUGCCUUCCUACACUUCUUCUUUCUGUCCUCCUUUUGCUGGGUGCUUACAGAGGCCUGGCAAUCCUAUCUGGCUGUCAUCGGGCGGAUGCGCACCCGCCUGGUUCGCAAGCGCUUCCUCUGCCUGGGCUGGGGUCUCCCUGCCCUGGUGGUGGCUGUGUCUGUUGGCUUUACUCGCACCAAAGGAUACGGUACAUCCAGCUACUGCUGGCUGUCCCUAGAGGGAGGCCUGCUGUACGCCUUCGUGGGUCCAGCGGCAGUCAUUGUCCUGGUGAACAUGCUCAUCGGAAUAAUCGUCUUCAACAAGCUCAUGGCUCGAGAUGGCGUCUCAGACAAAUCUAAGAAGCAGAGGGCCGGGUCGGAGCGGUGCCCCUGGGCCAGCCUGCUCCUCCCCUGCUCAGCGUGUGGAGCGGUCCCCAGCCCCCUGCUCAGCUCAGCCUCGGCCAGGAAUGCCAUGGCUUCACUCUGGAGUUCCUGCGUGGUGCUGCCUCUCCUGGCGCUUACCUGGAUGUCUGCUGUCCUGGCCAUGACAGAUCGCCGCUCCGUCCUAUUCCAGGCGCUCUUUGCCGUUUUCAACUCUGCGCAAGGCUUUGUCAUCACCGCUGUGCACUGCUUCUUGCGCAGAGAGGUACAGGACGUGGUAAAAUGUCAGAUGGGUGUGUGCCGCGCUGAUGAGAGCGAGGACUCCCCAGACUCGUGCAAGAACGGGCAGCUGCAGAUCCUGUCAGACUUUGAAAAGGACGUGGAUCUGGCUUGUCAGACAGUUCUGUUCAAGGAGGUCAACACUUGCAACCCGUCCACCAUUACCGGCACUCUGUCCCGCCUGUCUCUGGAUGAGGACGAGGAGCCCAAGUCCUGUCUCGUGGGUCCUGAGGGUGGCCUCAGCUUCUCACCACUGCCUGGGAACAUCCUAGUACCCAUGGCAGCCUCACCAGGUCUAGGGGAGCCACCACCACCCCAGGAGACCAACCCUGUGUACAUGUGUGGGGAGGGUGGCCUGCGGCAAUUGGACCUUACAUGGCUACGGCCAAGUGAACCAGGCUCUGAGGGGGACUACAUGGUGCUGCCCCGGCGGACUUUGAGCCUGCAGCCUGGUGGUGGGGGUACAGGGGGUGAGGAGGCCCCAAGGGCCCGGCCUGAGGGGACCCCCCGGCGGGCUGCCAAGACGGUAGCCCACACUGAAGGCUACCCCAGCUUCCUGUCUGUGGAGCACUCUGGUCUAGGGCUGGGCCCUGCCUAUGGGUCUCUCCAGAACCCAUAUGGGAUGACCUUCCAACCUCCACCACCGACACCCAGCGCACGCCAAGUACCAGAGCCAGGAGAACGUAGCCGGACCAUGCCCCGUACAGUCCCUGGUUCCACUAUGAAGCUGGGCUCCCUUGAGCGAAAGAAGCUUCGGUAUUCAGACUUGGACUUUGAGAAGGUGAUGCACACCCGGAAACGGCACUCGGAACUCUACCACGAACUCAACCAGAAGUUCCACACUUUCGACCGCUACCGUAGCCAGUCCUCAGCCAAGGAGAAACCCAGCCCCCCGGGGGGACGCCCUGGCUUGUCACAGCACAGGAGGCAUCAAAGCUGGAGCACCUUCAAAUCUAUGACACUGGGCUCACUGCCCCCCAAGCCUCGAGAACGGCUGGCCCUGCACCGGACAGCAGCCUGGGAGCCCACAGAACCGCCAGACGGUGACUUCCAGACAGAGGUGUGAGUGCCACGCCGGACUGCCCACUGCACAGAAAUAUAUAUAUCUAUUUUCACACUCCACUUUGGAACUACCAGGAGCCAGCGCCCCUCCCCCUCCCGAGGCUGGGCAGGAGGUGCAGAGGA